AUGUCAAGAUUAAAUCAUGAAGAACUCGUCAAAAGAGUCGAAGAACAACAUGCUCGAUAUAUAUCAAGUCUUGGCGAGCUCCAUGAAUCAAUGGGCGGCCGCACAUUGGAAGGACAAGGCCCAGUCGCGCCCACUCCUCCAAUGAAGCCCAUUUCCGUCACGUCGACUUUUCUCGGUGAUAUUCCUCCAAUCUCGACAGAAGCUGCCCGGCGAUCACGUCGCCUGACCAAUGAGCUUGGUGACAGGAGGGCAUUGCUACCUAAGAAUACACCCGCCUCGCUUCUGAGCUUGGAUCUCGACAUGAGCGAUGAUGAAGACUUUGCCCAGCCUCCCUCCAACACGGCACCAGAGCCAAUAAUUAAUGACAAGAUUUGCGUUCAGCAGUCUUUGCCCGAAUACACCUACCACGACAAUGAAUUGUACUUUCACAUCAAGGGGUUUCAGUUUCCCGAGGCCACCCAGAUCGCUCUCGAUGAUGUGUACCGGAGACGUGAGGAGCUCGAACCUCAAAACUUGUUUCAACUUUUCAAUGACCAGCACGACAAGCUCUAUGAUAGCGCGGCAUAUCAGGUUUUUGACAUUGGGCGGGAUGCCUUGGCCAGACCGAGACAUGCAGCAGGGAGUAAAGAUUCCGACAUGAUACUGGAUGCCAAGACAGUGUGGGAUACGCUCAAGCACAUUGAUGGCAGUCAUGUCGUUGGUAGAAUGACAUCACUCAUGGACCCCUCGCCGCUCAUGCUUGGAGCACUUCACCUGAGCAUGCAAUCCCAUUUCGACAUGGAUGAACUCUUUCAGCAUCUCGUCACGAGAGAGGGCAACAAGGGCAAGACCAAGGCCUACAUGGACCGAGCAUUCGAAACAAGCGAGACACGACAGAGGAGCUGCUUUUUCGUCUUUAAAUAUUACACCGUCGUCGGGGACAGGCUUACCCCGGCUCCAUGGCAGCACUAUGAUCAUCGGCCGGCGGACAAGAGAGCCGCGGAUCACAUUGACAUUUGCGAGUGUAGUUCCAUCUUGGCCCUGUCCCUUUCCGGCGAUCCUGUCCGCACGUUUGAGCGCAAAAAGCGCAAGUCCAAGGCCGAGCAGGGCAAAAUCUACGACUCGUUUGCGCCGUGGCAGCUCCUCAAUAUCCAGUGCUUUCCUGAUGAUGUCCACGUCAUGCGCAGCGAGGACUCUCAAACCACUUUUUGCAGUGGUCCGUUGGCCUUUCUCGACGCUCUCGUCAUGGAGUAUCGUGAUGCCGUCAAGAGGAAUAUCGACUUGAGUGAUGUCAUUACCAAGCUCAUUACUCCUCCGGUCACAUUCAUGUUUGAUGAUCGCCUGCGGGAUAAGCUCUUGUUUGAAGACAAGCACUUUACCUAUUCGAGACGAUAUUUCUGGGCUUACAAUUCGCUGGCGGUCAUUAAUGACGGCAUCAAGUCCAUGAUGAAUGCGUAUACAGAUACCUUUACCAAGGAUUUCUGGGCCGGAAAACACCCGACACUGUUUCCACACCCAGACAGUGGUGCCCAGAACUCGCCAGAAUACGUGGCCUACAUUGCCAAGUUGCGUCCACUACGCCACGAGCUCGAAACGGCCGUCGCCCUGCUGCACCAGGUCCACGCCAAGAACGAGGCGACGCGGCAGGAGAUCAAGAGUCUGCGGGACCAGCUCUUCUCCGGCAGCAGCGUCAAGGAGAGUCGGCGAGCGAUUGAGCAAGGCGACAAUAUCAAGGUGCUGACGAGCCUGAGCAUGAUCUUCUACCCCCUGACCUUUGUCACGAGCGUCUGGAGCAUGACGGGGUUUCCCUUGGACGUGGACGACUGGCAGUUUCCCGUCACCAUGAUUUGCGCCUGCGUGCCGUUCAUUGUCUUUAUCCUGCUGGUGCAGACGCGGACGGGCAUGGAGUUUCUCAUGAGCCACAUUGAGCGCCUCGACGAACGGUUCAAGCUCAUGAUGACUCGUCGGGGGAUGCUCAAGAGGACGCGCGAGGCAUCGAGUAUAGCGGUUGGCAAGACCGAGUCUGCAGCAGAGCCGAGACCGAGACGACGGCCAAGAAGGUUUUCUAAGCGCGAGACGGUCGUGAUCAAUGUACAGCCUCCAAAGUUGCCCGAUGGAAAUAGAUGGUUAUGGUGGAGGAAACCAGGGGAACAGCAGGGUGUAGUUUGA